GUGGUACCAUUUCAAUUAGUACUUUUCUCUGGUUGCUUCAAACCUUUCAUUUCCACACUCUCUACUCCAUUUGCUGACUUCCGCGCCCUUCACUCACGUUAAAGCACAGAACCAACUUUAGUUUUUUCAACCCCAAAAGAAAUCAAGUCUACAUAGCUGGCACAUAAUAUAAAAUACAUUAGUAUUUUAGAAAUACCUCCACAAAGAAUUUGAGAUUUCUUUCAGUUGAUUUUUCUUCUUUCUCUGCAAUGGCGAAUCGGUUUAGAGCAUUUUGCAAAGACGAUAUUUUAACUUACGCUUAUCUUCUUCUCUACAUCGCUCUCUCCAGCGGCCAGAUUUUCUUCAACAAGUGGGUUUUGUCAUCUAAGGAAAUAAACUUCCCUUAUCCUCUUGGAUUGACUCUACUUCACAUGGUCUUCUCAUCAGUCCUAUGUUUUAUGCUCACCAAAGUUCUCAAGAUUAUGAAGGUUGAGGAAGGAAUGACAGCAGACAUAUAUGCAACAUCAGUUGUGCCAAUUGGUGCAAUGUUUGCAAUGACUCUUUGGCUGGGAAACACUGCCUACCUGUAUAUUUCAGUUGCAUUUGCACAAAUGUUAAAGGCAAUUAUGCCGGUAGCUGUUUUUGUUCUUGGAGUAGCUGCAGGACUUGAAAUAAUGAGCUGCAGAAUGCUGUUAAUCAUGUCAGUUAUAAGUUUUGGUGUUCUGGUGGCUUCUUAUGGAGAAAUAGAUAUCAACUGGGUUGGAGUUGUUUAUCAAAUGGGUGGUGUUGUUGGAGAAGCUUUAAGACUUAUUUUCAUGGAGAUCUUUGUUAAGCGGAAGGGUCUCAAACUGAACCCUAUAUCCGUUAUGUAUUAUGUUAGUCCUUGCAGUGCUCUUUGCCUAUUAAUUCCGUGGAUCUUUCUGGAGAAGCCAAAGAUGGAAGCACAUGGAUCUUGGAACUUUCCACCGUUUGUGCUAUUACUCAACUGUCUUUGUACUUUUGCCCUCAAUUUAUCAGUUUUCCUUGUAAUUACGCAUACAAGUGCAUUAACCAUUCGUGUUGCUGGAGUUGUUAAGGAUUGGGUGGUUGUCUUACUAUCUGCUCUUCUGUUUGCGGAUACAAAGCUGACAGUAAUAAAUCUGUUUGGUUAUGGCGUUGCUAUUGCGGGUGUGGCAGCAUAUAAUAAUCACAAGCUGAAAAAAGAAGCUUCCCGAGCCAGCGUCGAUGAUUCCGUAGCCAACAUCAAUGAAUCCGAACUGGCUGAAUCUGAACCAUUGGUUGCAUCCUCAGCUUCCAGCAAGUAGAAAUAUAGUAACAACAGUGAGUCAAGUUCCUUUCUUAGCUGCUCCAACAUUGGGUAUUUUUUGUGAUGUACGGAGCAGAAUUUCCAAUGAUGUGAAAAGAUGUGGAAUCUGAUAAUUGUACCAUCGGAGAAAGAGGCAUUUAAUGGAGGGUCAAAAUUGAGGUACUUCUAAUCAGAGACAUUGAUGAUCAUUGUGUAAACAAUACCUGGAAUUUAAGCCCAUUAUUUGUUUGUAAUGCAAUUGCAAAAAUGUAAGUUGAUGAUUUCUUUGUAAAGAUACUGCUGAAAUUCGAGUCUUCAAUAGUAAAAAUAAUGCUCUUUUUUGGUACUAAA